AUGUUAAUAGCUGCAAUUGCAUCAAAGAUUUUGGCACAACUUAACAUCACAUUUGAGAAAUUACCUCCAAAAGCUCAAAAGAUGUUACAAGAAUGUGCCAGACAGCAGUCUGACAUGAAUUUGGACCCCAUAUCAAUAUCACUGGAGCAGACCAGGGUCAUGUCGGAAUCUCUCGAGGACGAAUAUGAGAUUCUAAAACUGAAACAAUUGCACACGACGUUGCAAGUGAAUAUAGACCGCAAUAAAAAGUUUAUAGAUGACCUUAGAAAGGAGCUCGCGGCUUCCAGGCAUUCGUUGGGUCAGCAAAAACCGAAUCCGGAAAACAUUCACGAGAGCAUUAGGCAGUUGAAGCAAAAAUUGGGCGCGUACGAACAGAGCUGUGAAAAGGCUAAGACAAAUUUCUCGAGUCUCAACGUGAGCGACGCUAUCCUGCCGAAAUCGAUGACGUCACUAGUUACAUCGCUGGCCGUCUUAAGCAAAGAAGCGGCCGCGCUGAAGCAAGAAGCUGAUGAUGUUCUGUUUAUGAGGGAAGCCGUCGACUGUAUGAAGAUGAUUAGGUGA